AUGAAUGUAAAUUCACCAAAUAUGUUGGUAGUAGAAGUUUUACAAGGAGCUGCAAGUCAAAAUCCAGAAAUACUAAAGCCAGCCGAAUCCAAGUUGAAGGAAUGGGAAACUCAAGCAGGUUUCUACACAACCCUAUUUAAUGUAAUUACCAAUCAUUCUAUUGAUGAAAAUGUGCGUUGGAUAGCUGUACUUUCUAUGAAAAAUGGCGUAGAUAGAUAUUGGCGUAAAAAUGCUCCAAACGCAAUAGCCGAAUCUGAAAAAUAUAGUAUUAAACAAGGUUUAUUGAGUGACUUUACUGAACCAAUUAAUCAGAUAGCAGUUCAAAGAGCUGUUUUGAUUUCUAAGAUAGCUAGGAUUGAUUAUCCAACAGAAUGGCCAGAUCUAUUUCCAACAUUAUUGACAGCGGUAGAAAAUGCUAAUACUUUAAUUCAACACAGGUCUCUUCUAACUCUACAUCAUGUUGUUAAAGCUAUAGCUACAAAACGACUGGCAGGUGAUAGAAAAAUAUUUUAUGAGUUUACUUCAAAUAUUUAUAAUUUCAUUUUAACUCUAUGGAACAAUUAUACUGAAACUUUUGUCAGGGAUAUUUUUCAAGAUGCAAAUGUUGAAAUUAUCACAAUGAAUUUAGAGAAAGCUUUAUUAACAUUGAGGAUAUUGAGAAAAUUGUCAAUGCAUGGGUUUUAUAAACCACACGAAAGUGAAAGUUGUAUGUCUUUUAUGGAAGUUAUAUUUGAGAAAGCUAAAAUUGUACUUCAAUCUCGAAAACAGCUUAAAGGAAAAGGAAUUUAUGUAUUGGAACUGUGUGAAAAAUUUAUUAUUCAUUUAACCAAAGUAUUAUUAUCAGUUCUACACAUUCAUCCUUUUUCUUUUAUCAACUUUAUAUUACCUAGCUUAGAAUUUACUUUUUACUAUCUAUUUACUGAUGAAGGAAUCAAUUUCGUUUUUGAAAGAUUUCUCAUACAGUGUUUUAAUCUAAUAAAAAACAUUCUAUUAUGUGUGGAAUAUAAAACUACAAAAUAUUCCGAUAGUAAAUAUUAUUCUGAUACGAUUAGAGCAAAUCAAAUCAAGGGGGAAUUUUUUCAAUCUGAUCGAGUUGCUGAUAUGUGCAGAAAAUUAAUUGGACAUUACUUCAUUUUAACACAAGAUGAAUUAGAUACAUGGGACUCUGAUCCAGAAGAUUUUUCAAAUGAUGAAAGUGGUGAUAGUUGGAAAUAUAGUUUGAGGCCUAGUACUGAUACAUUAUUUGUUACUAUAUUUCACGAAUAUAAAGAAACUUUAAUACCAGUUAUUUUAGAAUUAGUUGCUGAAACAAACAUUUUAGUUUCCCCUGAUGACAUGCAAGCAAUUCUUAAAAAAGAUGCUGUCUACAAUGCAGUUGGUCUAUGUGCAUUUGAACUUUAUGAUGAAAUAGAUUUUGACUCAUGGUUCGUAAAUACUCUGUUUCAAGAAUUGAAAAUAAAAGACAACAAUUAUAGAGUUAUAAGGAGAAGGGUAACUGCUCUUAUCGGUCGCUGGAGUGGAAUAAAAAUGUCAAGUGAGUUACGACCUGUUUUAUAUGAAUGUAUUAACAACUUGCUCGAUCCAAAAGAAGAUAUGGCAGUGAGAUUAACAGCAGCCUCUACAUUAAGAUACGCUAUUGACGAUUUCGAAUUCAAUUGUGAACAAUUUAAAGAUUAUAUGUUUACUGCCUUCAAUCUCCUUUUCAUUUUAUUAAAAGAAGCUAGGGAAUGUGAAACUAAGAUGCAAGUUUUAAAUGUAAUGACAUUACUAAUAGAAAGAAUGGGUAGUAUAUUACAGUUAGAAUUAGAUUCACUAGUUCAAUAUCUUCCAUAUCUAUGGCAGGAAAGUGAAGAGCAUAAUAUGUUAAGAUGUGCUGUAGUUACCACUUUGAUUCAACUUAUUAAAGCUUUAGGAGGAGUCAAACCAGAAUUGAACCCAUUUUUAUUACCAAUAAUUCAAUUGGGAACAGAUGUUUCUCAACAUGCGAGUUUAUAUUUGUUGGAAGAUUGUUUAGAAUUGUGGUUAACAGUUUUAGAAUAUUCUACAGCCAUGACAGAACCUCUGAUGCAACUAUUUAGCAACAUGUGGCCUUUAAUGGAAUAUUCAACAGAAACUUUGAGGCAUUGUUUAAUAAUAUGUUUAGUGCACUUACUGCUAGAUCCAGAAUUAGUAAUGCGCACACAAGGCGUCCGUAUCAUGCAGAUGUGUGAUAGUUUAAUGUCUGAUUUAAAGAAUGAAGGGAUCAUAGUGCUUAUGAGAUUAGUCGAGACAUUUUUAAGAGCGUCGCCUUUACUUGGAGCUGAGACUGCUCUACCAAUAUUACCGAGAAUAUUUGAAAGAAUAUAUAUUGGCGAUAGUUACCCAAUUAUUACUUCAAUGUAUUUGUGCGUCAUAUCUAGAGUCUUAUUGUCAUCACAUGAAAUAUUCACUAGAGUCAUAAAUAGUUUGGCCCAAAAACAUGGAGAAACUGAACAAGUUUUUUUGAGAAAAUUAUUAGAUAUGUGGUUGGAUAAAAUGAGAAAUGUAUCUCAACUGGAUCAUAGAAAACUUUUAGGUUUAGCUCUUGCUAAUUUAUUAACCACACAAAGUGCGGCUGUCUUUGAAAGAUUCGGACUAGUCAUGCUGAAUAUUUUAGAAACUCUAAAUGACAUUACUAAAACUGAAGAUAACGGAUUACUAACAGAUUCUCUUAUCUUGACAGAAGGACAAAGUCCAAGCGAUUUUGAUGGUGGAGACUGUUACUAUACAACUGAUCAUAACCAGAGAAAAAAACAACUUAUAUUAUCCGAUCCGGUUCAUACAGUUGUACUAAAAAAUUAUCUGCAAUCACAAAUCUUUCAAUUACAAAGUCAAGUUGGUAUGCAACAAUACGAGUUUUUGUUGCAAACUAUAGAUGAGGAUAGCUUAUCACAACUUAAAGAAUAUAUAACGUUAUAAAUUGCAAAAAUGUUUAUAUUGUAUAGUGUUAAUUUAUGACAUAAAUAGCUAUAACAUGCUUGCUUAGCUAUUUGAUUAUUUUGGUGUGUGUACAAGUACAUGUUACUGAAAAAAAUGCUAAUUUUGUUUUAUAUAAUAAACCACAUUUUUUGUUUUUAUUUCGAUCCUUCCAAUCAUAUUUUGAUUGAUUUUUGUUAUACCUAUUCAUUUACCUGCUAUGUAAUAUUAUUUUAAUAAUAAAAUUUACAAAAA